AUGGAUUUCGUCAAGGAUCUCGACAAUCGACUCUUAUUUGCUGUUCCCAAGAAGGGCCGCCUUUACGAGCAAUGUAUGCAACUCUUAUCAGGAUCUGACAUCCACUUCAACCGUCGUUCUCGUCAAGACAUUGCUCUGAGCACCAACUUGCCCAUGGCUCUUAUUUUCUUGCCUGCUGCAGACAUCCCCAAGUACGUCGCUGAGGGCAACGUUGAUUUAGGUAUCUCUGGACAGGACAUGAUUGUUGAAAACGAAGUACAAGACAAGGUCACUGAGAUUAUGGAACUCGGUUUCGGUAAAUGUCGUCUGUGUGUGCAGGUGCCUGUCAAGGGUGAUUUCAAGGAAAUUGAACAAUUGGCUGGUAAGCGUAUCGUCACUAGCUUUGAUGCCUUUGCUAGAAAGGUAUUUGAGCCCAUCGACGCUGCCAAGGGCACAAAGACAACUAUCAACUAUGUCUCUGGAUCUGUAGAAGCAGCUUGCGCCCUGGGCCUCGCUGAUGGUAUCAUUGAUCUUGUCGAAUCUGGUGAAACGAUGCGUGCAGCUGGUCUUCACGAUAUUCAUACAUUAUUGGAGACUCAAUCUGUUCUUAUGUCCAACAAAAACUCCAAGCACCAGGAACUCAUCGAUAGAAUCACCUCUCGCAUUCGCGGUGUCAUCACUGCCAGCAAGUAUGUGCUUUGUACUUACAAUGUCGAGCGCAACAACUUGGCUCGUGCUGUUCAAAUGACUCCUGGCCGUCAAGGGCCUACUGUCUCAUCAUUGGAUUCUCAUGAGGGCUGGGUUGCUGUAUCCGCCAUGAUUGAAAAGAAGCAAAAGGGUGAUAUUAUGGAUCGCUUGUCAGAAGUCGGUGCUACCGAUAUCUUGGUCAUGGCAUUUACUAAUUGUAGAGUUUAA